AUCUAUUUAUUUCACACAUGCCCAAUUCAUGGUUUGCAGAGCACCUGGUAGCUCGCAUCACAUCAUGCUGUUGUCCAUCACGCUGCUUUUCCUCCAUCUGUCUUCAUCGAGGAGCUCAAGACUGUGUAGUCACCUUUGUCUGUGCUAUGAGCACUCAGAUCUGGUGGAUUGCCAUGCCAGGGGUCUUGAGGAUGUACCUCAUGGACUUCCUCUUGGCACCUGGCUCCUGGAUCUAGGUGGAAACAAGCUUCCCGUGAUCCAAAGUCGAGCUUUCGCCGGCCUUUGGUCUCUUCGUAUUCUCGUGCUCUCGGGCAGUGGCAUUCAAGAUCUACAAACGCACGCUUUUUACUCUCUUUCCUAUCUGGAGAAGCUGGACAUGAGUCAAAACAUGCUGACUCGGAUUCCACCUCAUUUCUCUGAGAGCCUGUCGUCUCUGAAGGAGCUGAGACUGGACCACAAUGCGCUGGUUCUCCUGAAACCUCCGGGCCUGGAACAUCUGGAGAACCUUGAGAAAUUGGACCUGAGUCACAAUCGGAUCCGUUCUCUGGAACCCGGCACGUUCCGUGGCCUCUCUCGCCUGCGCCAGCUUUACCUGCAGGGGAACCGCUUGGGUAUCGUGCGGGACGGUUCUCUCACCAUGCUUCCUGGUUUGGAGGUCCUGCUCCUGGGGAACAACAAUAUCUCUCGGAUUGAGGUAAAUGCACUCGCUCCACUUCACAGUCUGUCUCUUUUGGGCUUGGAGGGGAAUCAUUUGGAGCACCUGAAUUUUAAGACGUUUCUGAGUUUGCACACGGCUGCUACGCACCUGCAGCUGGCAGGGAAUCCUUGGAGUUGCGACUGCGAUCUGCACCGUGUAUUCAGCAAGCUGCUCAGUGUGCGCCACCUCCACGUGGACGACUAUGAUAAUGUAACUUGUCGAGAGCCCUGGCAGCUUGCUGGAGCGUCUUUGGCAUGGGUGGACAGCCAGUUGUGUAUGGCUGAGACCGUUACCGUGUUAGUUAUCACCAUUACUGUGAUCAUUACAGUAUUUGGUGCCUUGUUAAUGGCGGAGAGAAAACGCAAGAAGAGAAAACACUGGCAGCACAGUGAAGAUGAAGACCAAUGAGAUGGUUUAGUAGGAAAUAUGUCUCUUUGGGAUCAUGAAGAGAAGCUAAAACUUUUGAAACAAAUGGAUGGAUGCUCAACAAGAUGCAUUUUGCUUUCUUAAACCAAGGUAUUUGUUUAGAUCAUGGAUCUCCAAACCUGUUCCUGGAGGGCGCCUGUCCUGCAUAUUUUAGUUUGCCUCAAAUUUUUAGGUAGCCCUGAACAACUUGAUUAGCCGGUUAAGGCGUGUUUGAUUUGAGUUGGAGCUGAAAUCUGCAGGACAGAUGCCCUCCAGGACCAUGGAUUGAGACCCAUGAUUUGGAUAUUAAUUAUGAUUUAAACUCAACACUUUGUUAUCUGUUUUUUUUAUCUGAUUAAAAAGAGAAGAGAGGCAAGAAGAGAGAGAAAUAAUAAACAAUACAGAUUUUCCCCUGUCAUUUCUGCUUUCAAAAUCAUUUAAGCAAACACUUUCCAGUUUUACAACCAGAGAUCAGUCAUGCAUUAACCUGUAUCAACACUCAAAAGCCUCUGCACUUAUGUCAAACAAUGUGUCGAGUUUGACUCAUAAAAGUUUUUACAAGUACAAUAAUAAAAUGCAUUUUUACUGCCAGCAAAUUCCUUCAGAGACGUAGGCUUAAGUAUGUGUUAAAAGCAAAAUCAAAACAAAACUUUGCAGUCCUUUAUCUUCGUAUUUAUUCAUUUCAUAAUUUAUUUGUAUUUUAAACCUCUUUCCCUCUUCAAUAUCAAAUUCAACAAUGCACUGUUAUCAUUGUACAAUGCUGUUUCAAAUAUGUAUUGUAUAAUGUCAA